AUGCCAUCAGCAGCGGCCAAGUCAUUGACGACGACAGACGACGGCGAAGACGAAGACGACGACGAAGCCGAAGAAGACGACGACGACAACGACGACGACGACAACCGCGGGGCCCUCCAUGACCGACUUGACACAGAUCCUGCGGCGGUCACCUUCCCUGAACUCGGAGCUGCGAGCUGUGCCGUGCGCGCCGUCGACCUUGACCGAACCGGCAGCCAACGGCUAGCCCCCGAGGAGAACCGGCAGCCGACGGGCUCUAUCCCGCUACACCAACGCUCGAUCACGUCGGAAGAGGGCGCAAUGGCGAUGACGGCGGCCGAGUCUCUCGUCGACCUCCACGACACGUCCCUGACGGACGACAAGGACGAGGUCGACUCCCUGCCCUCCAUAUCCACGAGCGACAUCUAUUCCGAGGCCGAUUCGGAGGCGCAGGAGGAGUGGGAGCGUAGCCUCGAGCAGCUACAACUCAUGUUGACCAUGAUGAUCGUGCCGUGGGUGGGAAAGUACGUGGGGCGCAAGUUUGCCUUUUGGAGCUGGGCGCGGUACAUGGAGUGGAUGCACAACGUCGAGGUGCGGUGGACGAACAAGACGGCGUUCAAGGUUGCCGGCGCCGUCGAGGCUGCCGCAACUCUGUAG